ACAAUGGCUGACAGAAGUUUGGAGAAGAAGUCCGUCGUUUUUCAGAAGAAACGUCCAGUGUCUACCAGCAAGGCUGAGAAGUCCAAGAAGGUUGAAUUCAGACAGAGGGCUAAAUCUGCCUCUUGUCCAGCAAAGACACUCACAGAUGAUCUUCUGGCCAAGGAAGAACAAUAUAAACUCCUGAAUGCAGAGAUAGAAGCCAAAACAGCAGAUCUAGUGAGACAGACAGAGCAGCUGAUGAGAGAACAGAAUGAAGCUCUGUCAAAGCCCAAUUCCAACUUCCUUCUCACUGACAACGAGGACGACAACAGUUUAAGGUUUUCAAAACCUCAACUGGAGCCAGCUGGCCUGAAGGUGGUCACUAAGAAAAGGACCCCAGCCUCACUGCAAAAUAAACAACAAAGAAAAGAGCUUCACAAUGAAACAACAGCCUCUAAGGAGUCUCACCUCAAUGAGCCGGCUCAGGAUUCUUUCUUGGCGAAAGCAAUUCAGAGCAUGGAGGAAAAGAUGGGCGAAGCUGUCGCACCUGAAAAUAUUGUGGAUGAAUUGUGUGAUGCUGGAGACGCUGUAGGACCAGGCAUUGCAGAUGCUCAAAUCCGAGUUUUAAAGGCAAAAUUAAGGAUAAUGCAGGAAGAAGUGGAUCACCUGUCCUGUGAAUAUUACAAGAAGGAAGAUGAAAACAUGAAGCUGUGUGCAAAAGUGAAGGAGCUGGAGGAGGAUCGAGCCCGCCUGCUGAAGUCCUCAAACAUCCAGCAAACGCAGAUAGAGAAGCACAGAGCUUCAGCUGAGGAGUCUGCCAGGAAGAGCGACGGUCUCCAGCUGGAAGUGUCGGGGCUGCGCAAAGAAAUAGAAAACCUGAAUCGAAGCCACAGACAAGCAGCAGCUGUCCACAGCACCGUGGAGGUCCGCCUGAACAGAGCUCUGGAGGAGGUGGAGAGGCUGAAGGCUCAACUCCACAAGAUCAGACUGACCAACAAGGAAAAGAUCAGCGAGGAACAUCAGGGUAGAGAAAACCUGGAGGCCGAAAACAAAAUGCUGAAAAAACAGAAAGGAGAACUCAUCGUGGGAUUCAAGAAACAGCUCAAGCUGAUCGACAUUCUCAAAAGACAGAAGAUGCAUUUGGAAGCUGCGAAGCUGCUGUCCUUCACAGAAGAAGAGUUCCUGAGAGCUUUGGACUGGGGAAAGUCAUAAACACACACAUAUUCAACAUUUUAUGAUUUUCUCUUAUGAAAGAAAACAGUCUUCACACUUUCUGAAUCACAGUUCAAAUUAAAAAGAAAAAACAACUUGAAACCACAUUGUAGAGUCCCUAAACUGCAACACAUUCACAGUGACCUUAAAGUGCCCUCUGGUGGUGAAACUGAAGGAGAACCGUGUAGUCUCAGCUGCUCCAGCCAUCUUCACUGAAGAUAUCAGAGGUUUAAACUGUUAAAGUUUUCACUUAGAUCUUCAUCAUCAUCUUCCUGUUCUCUUCUCUGGAGCACAUCCUGAGAACAGACAAAUCAAUGACACCUUUGUUAUGUCUACAUCUGAUUUGUGACGUGCAGAACGAUUUCUGACCCACAAAAUCCCUCAAACCUUUUGAAAGUGGUCGAGGAGUUGUAGACGUCGCUGCUUCUCCUCUUCGAUUAUCUGUCUGCGCAGCGCCUCCCUCUCCUGCUCAAUCGCUCUUUCUUUAGCUUCCAACUCCUUCAAGAGAAAAAGCAAAAUA